AUCGAAUCUGUUUCAUUAAGGAUUUAUUCAAAUAAGAUUUCUUGAAAUACCUGAGAUGCAUAUAAUCUUUAAAUGUCUAUUUAUUUCACAAAUGAUUACUUAUUAUUGUUUAAGUGAUUCUGAAUUAGCAAAAAAACAAAAUUAUUAUUCUAUGCCAAAUAUGUAUGCGUUCUGUGAAGCUAAUAAAAUUUGUUACGAAUUCGGACUAUCGGUUGGUAAGCAUUUGAAACUACCGGUAUUUGAAGAUUUACAGUAUAUUCUUAAAGAUGCAAAACUUAAAACAUUUUGGUUGGAAUAUAAUGCAUUAUUUACACCACGUAUGGCUGGUUUGAUCACAUGGCGAUAUCAUGAUAUAUCGAUAGAACUAGCUAAUUUGGGAGCAAUGAGAUCUACAAAUCUCCCAUUGUCUUACAAUGAUGAACGUUAUUGCGUGAUUCAUAAUAAAGAAGGUUUACUGGAAGGAGUUCAGUGUAAUAGUGUUAAUAAUGUUAUUUGUGUUGAAUCAAAUAUACAACAUGUCAAUCAACUGAUAGGCACUGAUUUAUCAAUUUUAUUGAAAAAAUUCACCAUUGAACAACGUGUUGAUUCAAAUUUUGUGUCAAUCGAUAGUCAAAGAGAUGGCUGUUAUGAACUGUUUACAAAGCAUAGUACAUACGAUUGUGUUUUACAAUGUGCUGAAACUGUAAAUUGUGUAUCAGGCUACUUUAAUCAAUUGCAAAACCAAUGUAUUAUCAUUUUAUACCAUCAUAGUUUAUUACCCCAUCAAUAUUCGGAUUCUAUAGCUCAUUGGUUAAGAUUUAUACUUAAUUAUUAAAUGUAAUUAAAUGUUAAUUAUUUUGUCAAUGAACAAAUUGUGUUUGAUAAUUUCCCUAUGUAACCGAUAUCAUUAUCAUACAUCAUUGUAUUUACUAAAUGUUAUUAUCUAACAAGACUAGUGACAGAUAAAUAA